UCAUCUGUUUACUUCAGCUUUUGCACCGCUGGUAGAUUUUGCAGGAGUUCUGUUGCAACAUUUCCCUCUAUCAAAAUGACGACAACUGACAUCGAAAUAUUUUCUUUUUUUGAACAAGCCCAUUACGACCAAUACGAUUAUUACAAUCUAUCAGAAUAUCCAUGUCACGCCGGUGGAAAGGGUAGAACCAAGAGGGAAAUCGAGCUGAACACCAACCGACAUAUUCCUGCCGGGCACGAGAGGAAAAUUGCGGAAAAAUAUCAUAAUAGUGAACUCAAACGCAGGAGAACCAAAAGUACAUCUUGAUUGACUUGUCAGAUAUGAACCCCAGCUGAAAACUUGAAAAUGUCCGUUUGCUUUCCUGGCCCUUCUGAUCCAGUGUUUGGAGUAGAUGGUGACUGGCCUGCUAUGCUGGUCGGCCUGAUAGAACACCUUGGCAUGUUGUUUCAAGAGUGGACUCCUACACACGUUGCACCCCUGUAACCAGACCUGACUGGCUUCCAGUUACAGCAGUGUGCAAUAAUAGUUAGUUUUAAAUGGUUGCAGACCCGUUUGGGAAUCUAAUGCUAUGAUAGUUGUUGUUUGGUUAAAAAUCCUAUAUUGUGAAUUAAAUUGAUUUCUUAAAUAAAAAUAUAUCUUAAUGAGA